AUGGAUUCAACAACGGUAAUAUUUAUAGUAACUAUAGUUGUAGCAUUCAUAUUUCUAAGAUGGUUGAUAACUCCAAUACCCCAAGAUAGCGAUUUCCCCAAUAUCUCCUCGGGUAAUACGGGCACGGUUGCUGCUGGAUCAUCGGCUAGUGGAAGAGCCACAUCAAGGGGAUCUAUGUCAGUUACGCGUCGUAAUGGAAGACAGGUAAAUGAUUCAAUGGUGGAAGUAGUUCAAACGAUUGCACCCAAUUUAACAGUUGAGCAAAUUCGGUUCGAUUUGGAGAAUACUGGUUCGGUUGAAGUUACAAUUGAUAGGUAUAUGGAGUUGGGCACAUUACCUUUCCCUCCAGGUUAUGUUCCGCCAACUCCAGCGCCAGAGCCGUCCUCUAAUGCAGAAGGCGAAGAGAAGAAGAAAAGCAAAGAAGCUGAAAAGGAAUCGAUCAACUUGUUUAAAAAAUACAAUAUUGAUGUGAAUAAUCCGAUUUUGGAUAGUGACGACAUUGUAAAGAACCGAAGGAAUGAAAUGAUUUUUAAUGCUAGAAAAAGAAUGGCUGCACUGUUACAGAAACAAAAUAAUCCAAAUUAG